AUGGCAACCAGGACAGCGAUACCAAACCAGAUGCCCGCGAUUCCUAAUAGAGAGGACAUCGAAGCAACAUGGAAGUACCUCGUGCAUGGCAUUAACCGCGUGAUGAACGAUCUGGAACAAGGCAUUGAUAUGCAACUCUACAUGGGAGUUUACACGGCUGUUCACAACUUCUGUACAUCGCAAAAGGCCGUCGGCCUCGGUGGUCCAGCCAUGCACUCGAACCAUAGAGGGGCUCAUCUUCUCGGCGAGGAGUUGUACAAAAAGCUCAUGCACUACUUGGAAGAACAUUUGAACGGCCUCUACGAAAAGUCGAAAACACACACCGAUGAGGCGCUACUGGCUUAUUACAUCAAGGAGUGGGACCGAUACACUGUUGCUGCCAAGUACAUCCAUCACCUGUUCCGCUAUCUUAACCGUCAUUGGGUUAAACGCGAGAUUGAUGAAGGCAAAAAGAGCAUAUAUGAUGUGUAUACGCUCCAUCUGGUACAAUGGCGUCAGGUCUUGUUCAAAAAUGUCUGGUCCAAGGUAAUGGACGCCGUGCUCAAGCUUGUCGAGAAGCAACGGAAUGGAGAGACGAUUGAAUACGGCCAGAUCAAGCAAGUUGUAGAUUCCUUUGUGUCUCUGGGCCUAGACGAAGCCGACCCCUCCAAGUCAACCCUCGACGUGUAUAGAUUCCACUUCGAAAAGCCUUUUCUAGAGGCUACCAAAGAAUUCUACGAAUCCGAAUCGAAACAGUUCGUCGCCGAGAACAGCGUCGUGGAAUACAUGAAAAAGGCCGAGACGCGGUUGGCGGAGGAGGAGCAGCGUGUUGAUAUGUAUCUGCACCACGAUAUUGCGGUCCCUCUUAAGAGGACUUGCAACCAAGCUUUGAUUGCUGAUCAUGCCAAUCUCUUGCGCGACGAGUUCCAGAUACUUCAAGACAACGACCGCGAAGAAGACAUGGCGAGAAUGUACAACCUUCUCGCCCGCAUUCCCAACGGUCUCGAUCCUCUGCGAACCAAGUUUGAGAACCAUGUGCGAAGGGCCGGAUUGGCUGCCGUGCAAAAGGUUCAAUCCUCAGAUGGUGACAAACUCGAACCCAAGGUGUACGUCGACGCGCUGCUGGAGAUUCACACUAAGUAUCAGGCGCUGGUCAAGAACGCCUUCAAUGACGAGCCAGAAUUCACCCGAUCUCUCGACAACGCCUGCCGAGAAUUCGUCAACCGCAACGAAGUUUGCAAGUCGUCAUCCAACAAGUCUCCCGAGCUUCUCGCAAAGUAUACCGAUGUUCUUCUUCGCAAGAGUAGCACCAGUAUCGAGGAAGCCGAGCUCGAGCGUACUCUUACGCAGUUAAUGACUGUUUUCAAAUACAUUGAAGACAAGGAUGUCUUUCAAAAAUUCUACUCUCGUAUGCUGGCCAGACGUCUAGUCCACGCCAAUUCAUCCUCAGAUGAUGCCGAGACUAGCAUGAUUAGUAAACUCAAGGAAGCAUGUGGUUUCGAGUAUACCAAUAAGCUACAGCGCAUGUUCCAGGACAUGCAAAUUUCCAAGGAUCUCAACAAGGAAUUCCGCGAGCAUCUCGCAGGCAUUGAUAGCCAAAAGACAAUGGACUCGACAUUCUCGAUCUUAGGUACCGGUUUCUGGCCGUUACAAGCGCCAAGUACGCACUUCCAGCCUCCUACAGAAAUCGGCAGCGAAAUCGAAAAGUUCACUCGUUUUUACAAGCACAAGCAUGACGGCAGGAAGCUUACCUGGCUAUGGCAUCUGUGCAAGGGUGAAAUCAAGACAGGGUACUGCAAGAGCAGCAAGACACCUUUCACCUUUCAAGUCUCCGUCUACCAAAUGGCCAUACUUCUUCUCUUUAACGAAAAGGAUUCCUACGUCUACGAGGAUAUGCUGAGCGCAACGGCACUGAGCGCCGAGGUUCUUGAUCAAGCCCUCGCCGUUAUUCUCAAGGCCAAGGUUCUUCUUGUGGCUGGUGGUGAGAAGCCCGGGCCCGGCAAGGUUUUCAAUCUUAACUACGAUUUCAAGAGCAAGAAGAUUCGUGUGAAUUUGAACCUCGGAGGUGUCAAGGAGGCUAAGCAGGAAGAGGCCGAGACGAACAAGACCAUUGAAGAGGACAGAAAGCUUCUAUUACAGUCUGCCAUUGUCCGAAUCAUGAAGGCUCGCAAGAAGAUGAAGCACUCACAACUGGUCAGCGAGACCAUUAACCAAAUCCGCACACGUUUCCUUCCUAAGGUUGGAGACAUCAAGAAGUGUAUAGAAAUUCUACUGGACAAGGAAUAUCUCGAGCGUCUAGAUGAUGACGAGCUCGGUUAUCUUGCAUAA